CCUCUGCCAGCAGCAAAAAAACAGUAGCUACCUCUGACAGCAGCAGUGCUGGGAGAAGCCUCCAGAGCCAGCAGAGGAACCAGCAUGGUGGAGUUUGCUCCAUUGUCAUUGCCAUGGGAGCGCAGGCUUCAGACCCUCUCGGUCCUGCAGUGGGUCUUCUCCUUCUUGGCCCUGGCCCAGAUCUGCAUUGCGAUCUUCGUAGGCCUCCUGUUCACAAGAUUCUGGUUAGUCAGUGUCCUGUACGCAACCUGGUGGUACCUGGACCGAGAGACGCCACGGCAGGGGGGCAGGCGCAUCCAGGCCCUAAGACGCUGUGUCGUCUGGAAGUACAUGAAGAACUAUUUCCCCGUCUCGCUGGUCAAGACUGCUGAGCUUGACCCCUCCCGGAACUACCUGGCCGGCUUCCACCCCCACGGGGUUCUGGCCGCCGGAGCCUUUCUCAACCUGUGCACAGAGAGCACCAGCUUCCCUGAGAUCUUCCCCGGCAUCCGCCCCUACCUGAUGAUGUUGACCGUGUGGUUCCGGACGCCCUUCUUCAGGGAUUACAUCAUGUCAGGGGGGCUGGUCACCUCAGACAAAGAGAGUGCUGCUCACAUUCUGAGCAGGAAAGAAGGUGGCAACCUGCUGGGCAUCAUUGUAGGGGGUGCUCAGGAGGCACUGAAUGCCAGGCCCGGAGCCUACCAACUGUUGCUGCGGAACCGCAAGGGCUUCGUCAGGCUCGCCCUGAUGCACGGGGCAGAUCUGGUACCAAUUUUCUCCUUUGGGGAGAAUGAUCUCUAUGACCAAGUUGAGAACUCUCCUGGCUCCUGGUUGCGCUCGAUCCAGAACCGGCUGCAGAAGAUCAUGGGUAUCUCCCUCCCACUCUUCCAUGGCCGUGGCAUCUUCCAGUACAACUUUGGUCUCUUACCCUACCGCAGACCCAUCACCACUGUGGUGGGGAAGCCCAUCAGGGUGCAGAAGACACCGAAUCCCUCACAGGAGGAGGUGGACAAACUGCACCAGCACUACAUCAAGGAGUUGUGUGACCUCUUCGAAGCCCACAAGCUCAAGUACAAUGUCCCCGCGGACCAACACUUGGAGUUCUGCUGAGCACCUUCCCAGAGGAGGGCGUCCCCCAAAAGGCAGCGCUGACAUUACGGAGCACGACAGGAUGUGCUGUGAUCUGAGAAGGUUUCCUGGAGGCUUCUGUUGAACAUACCUCCAGAGCCUGCCCAGACUCCUGCAAAUCCAACCCCAAAUCACAGGUGGCAAUGUAGGAGGGGAGACCAGACUCUGGCAUUGGUGAUUUGCACUCUUGCUGCAAGACCUCUCCUCUCCUGAGAUCCCCCUCUCCUCGAUCUGCUCAUCGAGGGCUGGAAAGGGGCGAGGGCUGGAAGAGAAUGAUUUCUGCGGUCUCUAUCCUCUGUUGUAAUGCCAUUCAAUGGGCAGAGAAAAGAGAUCUGCAACCAAUGACCAGAUUUUUCUUCCUCUUCCUUGAGUGACAGCAUAAACGGAGCCACCAGCUCCAGCCUCUUCUCCUACCAGUUCCCUCAUCCUGUGCUCUGGAUGUCCCAGCUCCUCCUUCCCCGAGCUGGAGAGGAAGGUUAGCCAUGAAGCCCCUGCCCUCACCUAGGCAACUUGGAGUUUUGAGGUCCUCUGAGCUAUGGAGUGGCAGCCAGAAGGUGGAAGGAGAAUGGCACUGUCACUGGCUGUUUGACUGCGGGCCUUUUCACCCUCCGAGCCUGUUUCCCUCACUGACGAAGAUGACCUCUGAGUCUCAGCUCCUGCAUGACAUAGGCUGAGGUACCUCGUGCUCGUCCUUGAUAACUUUAGCCCUGACCUUUUCACAAAAAGGAGGGCUCCAUAAAUGUCACCUUAAUAAAUUGUAUUUUUAGCUUU